UAUCUGGUUUCUGCAGCGCUGGUCCCACUAUCGCAACCUGCCUAAUUUGCAAUAAAAAUAGCAACUUUAAAUACAAAGGACUCCUAAAAGGAGCAAAUAUGACGGAGCCGGCCAAUGAAAACCCAGAUGUGGUUAUGGAAUCGACUGAAUCAAUGCCGCUCGCAUCCCAAUCUCUGGACUCUGCGGCCAUAGAACAGUUUGAAGAUGAUAAACCAGCCAAGGGAAAAAAGAAAACCAAGAAUCCAAAAGGUCGCCACUCGGAGUCCGCCGUGGGAUUUGAGCUCAAGAAGCUUGGCCAGCGCCGGAUCAACGUGGCCGGAGCACCGAAAAUGCCUCUCAAUGGUUACGUCCGGUUCAUGAACGACCGGCGUGAGGAACUGCGACGGGAGCAGCCACAACGAACAGCACUGGAGCACACCAGGAUUAUUGGCGAGGAAUGGCACCAGCUGCCCGAGGAGCGCAAGGUUCCCUACAUGGAGGCCGCAGCCAAGGACAAAGCCAUAUAUCAGGAGCAGCUGCAAAUGUUUCUCAAGGAACACCCCGAAAUUGUUGCCAAGGAGUUGGCCAAGGCCAAGAAAGCAACCAAAUUGGAGAGUUCUCCCAAGGAGAAGACACUGAAGGGUGAAGCCAGUUCAGGCAAGGCGAAAAAGUCCAAGGCGAAGCCGGUGAAGCGGCAGAGCGAGGAUCCGGACGACGUCCCUCUGGCCAAGGUGAAGCGUGCCCAGACACCACCGCCUCCGGCACCACCACCUCCGGCACCAGUUCAGCCCGCUCCGCCCAAUGCGGCGCCCGCCCCACGUCCCCUUCAGCCGGGCGAGAUACCCAUAUACACCAACGAGUUUAUUGAGCACAAUCGCAGCACGGAAAACGAGUUGCGCACACUGCGCAAGGCCAAGACCGAUCUGGAGCAACAAAAUGCAGUGCUCGAACAGCAUGUGGACAAUACAAAGGCCGGCUACGCUAAAGUAAUGGGCGAGGUGACCGAGCUGAUGGAGGAGAACCGACGUCUGGAGGCCUACUUGCGGGGCCUGCGUCAAAAACUGGUGACAGCCCUCGGUGGAGUCUCUCUGCCGCCUCUGGAACCAAGUGGUCCAAGUGUGGGCAACAUUGAUAAGUAUAUACGGCACUUGGCCGGUCUCGUUGGUCAGUCGAACAACGUCACUAUGCUCAAGGCACGAGAAGCCCUUCGCAAGUUGGACACCGCCAGCCUGCUUAAGCCCUGAAGGAAUCCCAUUCCACACUCCACAGUAUUUAUAUAAAGCCUAGUUUUAAGAGCGGUCACAUCCGCACAUAUAUUUAUCGAUAUUUGCAUAUGUUGAGAUAAUAAACCCAGGGGAAUCAUA